CACUUUAUCACUCGCCACCUCAUCACCUCUUCUAGCGCCGCCUCUCCCUAAAACCGGCGAGCAACAGUCAACUGAUAUUCCACCCAGAAACCUACCACAGAGAAUCAUCAUGCCCGUUACACUCGCUCUCCCUCCGCCUUCCUUCCAUUCUUUUUCCCACAGUGUCCCCUUUGCGUACUUUAGCCCAGCCCUCCCAUCAAUGUCCAUCCUUCGCUACUUGUCAUCACAUUCCCACCGCUUCAGAAGGCGCGUCGCAACGGUUGCCGCCGCUGUCCGGCAAGAUACCACAAUCUGGACACAAGCGCCUCUAUUGGAGAUCGAUCCUGUCGCUGAGUCUCUCUUUCAUGUCACCAUCGAUGUCUCCGACUCGCCCGACGUAGCCACAUCUCACACUCGCGCGGGCCAGUACAUCCAGCUCCGAAUUACGGACGUAGCUAAGCCCUCGUUCCUCGCCAUUGCCUCGCCUCCUGCUUUCUCGGUGACGAAAGGUGCCUUCGAGUUCUUGGUGAAAAGUAUACCAGGAUCGAUUGCCGAGCUUCUUUGCGGGCUCAAGAAAGGGGAUGUAGUUGAGCUGACCCAAGCCAUGGGGAAUGGCUUUGCAAUAGAUCGGAUCGAACCGCCGGAGAAGUACCCAACAGUUUUUAUCUUCGCAACUGGAUCAGCAAUCAGUCCAAUCAGGUCUCUCAUUGAGUCAGGGUUUAGCGAUAAAAGAUCUGAUGUAAGGCUUUAUUAUGGUGCUAGAAACCUCAAAAGAAUGGCUUAUCAGGAUAGGUUCAGAGAUUGGGAAUCCUUGGGUGUAAAGAUAGUUCCAGUAUUAUCACAACCAGAUGAUAGUUGGAAUGGUGAAAAAGGCUACGUGCAGGCAGCUUUCAGUAGUUUAAAGAAAAUUACUAGCCCUAUGGCCACGGGUGCUGUGCUGUGUGGGCAGAAACUGAUGACUGAGGAAGUUACCUCAAUGCUUGUAGCAGAUGGAGUCUCCAGUGAAAAUAUACUGAAGAACUUCUGAAAUCCAGUGAAGAGAUACUGAAGAACUUCUGAAAAAUUUGCGAUACAAGGGGUGUAAGCUUCAUAUUGUUGUAUUAUUAUUGAGCACAAGUGAUUCUUUGUCCCAAUUCCUGAGUCGAAUGUCUCAGAUAAUAAAAGCAGUUUAGAUGGCGUUUAUCUUUUAAUUUU